UGUCUUAUCUAAUCGUUCUUUGAGAUUCCGUCAGCACUGCAGACAAUCCUGUAGGGAUAAGGGCACAACGAGCAACACGAAUGGACACAUCCAACUCGCGUCACGUUGGAAACAGCACGCUUGACGCAGAUCCACCACAUGCGCAUAACCUCCUAGAUGUGCUUCGGCAGCUAGACGUCAGCGCUGUGGACCGCAUUCUUGGCACGACGUACGGGUGCUCGGGCGCACGGCUCGCCUGCAAAGCGCUGCGCGACUUUGUGGAUGCCAACGUUUUCGAUGCAGAGCUCUAUACGACAUGGGAUCGCGCGAUGAGCUCACAGCCUCCUUGGGCGCGGACCGGCUUCACCUCGCCUGUGGCGCGGUUCCGGCGCUGCAGCCGCUUGUCAGUAGAACUGGAACUGGACGCGGAUGAAGACGUCAUUCAGCACCCGGCACUGCUUGCCUCCUUGUGCGUGGCCGGCGUGGGUGCCGAUGUGGCGCACAACAUUGCCGAGCUGCGUCUGAAGGGAGCCCUGGAGCUGCCCUCGCUGGUCACUGUCGCGCUCAUGCUGGCGGGCACUCUGCGACACGUGCGCAUACUGGCACUUGACAACCGCCCGUACGGCAUGGGCAGCUUAGACUCCAACAAAUUGCACGCUCUCCACACCACGCUGCAUGGCGCUUUCCCGGCGCUCGAGGAGCUCAUCCUCCCCGCCAGGGCCUGCCUGCGCGGCCUGGAAGCAUUCGCCGGCAGCCGCCUACACACCGUGCGUGUCAUGGCGGAUAGCCCCGGGUCGCUGCGCAUGUCGCACGUGCGCAGCCUGGUGCAGCUGCCGCAGCUCCGGCAGCUUGACCUGGACGGGGAGGACUGGAUUGCAGACUGGUCCAGCGACAGCGAUGACGAGGAAGAGGAAGCGGACGAGGACGAAGACGAUUGCCCUGCGUGUGCUGCGUACCUGCAUUUAGGGGACGCCAGCGAUGAAGAGACGUUUCGUGACAUGAAUGACCAGGAGGUGGGGGAGCUGUGGGCACUGCGGCGGCUGCUGGUGUCGCCACCGCCGGCACUGGAGCGCCUGCGGUGGCCGCAGUGGCCGCAGCAAGAGGUCGGCUUUGCGGGCGGCAGGAUCACAUGCGUGGAGCUCAGGGGGCACUGCGCCGCAGACUUGCACCGCGGCGCGGCGGUGCUGCUGCCGGUGCUGGCGGCGACGGGGCGCCGGCUGCCGCUGCUAAAGGCCGGGCACCUUGGCGACUACCCCGAACGCAUUAUAUCUCAGCUGCAGCCGCACACGCCCGUUUCCCGGCUGCUGGCAGUGACCGACCGCGUGAAACUGAUGGGGUUGAAGCUGAUGGAGCGGACCAGCAGGCACCAGCCUUCUGCCGAGGCGGCUGCGACGGCGCUGCAGGCGGUGGUGAGGGCUGUUGGCGGCUUGCCGGAGGAGCUCCGGUUUGGAGGAUAUGGACGCCCCGCUAGGCUGGAGUUGCAGACACGGCCACGGUACUCGGCAGGCGCAGGAGGGGACAGGCAGGCCGCAGGCAGCGCCGCCACGCCAGCAACGCCUGCAGCAGUGGCGGAGGUGACGGCGCAGCAGGUGCUGGAGCGGGCGGCGGCGCGCAUGUGGGAUACGGCUCAGGCGGAGGCCGCGGCGACGGUGGCGGAGGCGGAGGCUGCGGAGGCCGCAUACGUGGCGGAUAACAGCUGGUAUCGGCGCGAGAAGCUUGUCCGCAUGCAUGUGCUGCUACGGGGUCCAUUCAUGUGGCAGCUGACAUGCGGGCCGGAUGGAGCAGCAAGCGGUAGCGGCGCGGCGCGGCUGAAGGAGUGGCUUGAGAGCCUGGUGGCCCGGUCGCCGCCGCCGGCCACAGCAUCCGUAGCAGGAGCAACUCCUGGCAUCCAGGCGCGAAUUGCAGCAGAAGCCCCUGGGGAAGUGAAGGUGCGGCGCUGCAGCUUUGCCGCCUGCGGUUCUGGAUCUGCCAUGGCGCUUGCAGAGUGCGGUGACCCCAUUGCAGCUCUGCAGCUGUACCGCGCAGCGGUGGCAGCAGCGGCCGGCGAGGCGCCUGGCUGCCUGCAGGUGUCGGUCUGCAAGGCGGGUGCUGCCUGGACCGUUGAAAUCAGCAAGGUGAUCCGAGAGCUGUGGGAAGACCACCGCCGCUCCGCGCCUGUGCUGGCUAUGCCCACGGGUACGGCGGCAGCAGCAGGGCAGGGGCUGGCGGCACGCGGGCCGCCUGAGGCGGGCGCGGAGCGGCCUGGUCAGGCGGCAGCGGGUCAGGUUGGGGCGGCAGCAGGGCAGGGCGAGGCGGUAGCGGGGCGGGCCGGGGUGGCGGCGUGGGAGUGUGACCUGCAGGUCCUCCAGCGCCUGCUGCUGCUGACGGAACAGGCGCAUGAGGUGGUGGGCAGUGGCGAAUGAGCGUCUGUACAUGUACCUGGCAUGCGGGUGAUGAGAUGGAGGGCAGGGCGGCAGCCACAGCAGUACUGCGGUAUAGCCGUACCGCAGGGCAUGUGGGCGGCGGCAGAAUAACGGGUCGACAGCAGGGUAGGCCGCCUUGUAUGGCAGGAGUGGCAUGUGGCAAAGACUGCGCCUGGACCCGGCUGGCAGCUGUUGUUGCUGUUGGGAGGCUGAUAGUACCCCGCACACUGCCGGACACGCCAGCCCUGUGCCCAACCAGACAAGCAGGCAACCAUUGCCCGUCGUCCCUAUGCUGCUGUAAAUUACCUGGUGGUGGUGGCAGAUGGGCUCCAUACGGCUGUCCCUUCAAUUGUAAUCCGCAUCCAUA